ACUUUUAUGACGUCACUGGUUCCAUGCAAGAUUCGUCGCGUCGUCGCUCCCAUCCCAUUUUGUCUAUUUAAUGGAACAAAGUUGCCUUUUAGAAAUGAGAAAAUUGUGAUGAAAAAAAAGUCCUCAAGGCUGAAGGGAAUUCUGACGCAUAUGCUGUGGAGUGUGGACGCAACCAGCCUCUCCUCUGAACAACUUGUAUUUUCAAGAAAGCCUGUGAUCCUCCUUCACUCGGGUCCAGAGAAAUGAAGCACUUCACUGCUGCUACUACCUUCAAACACUCAUGGGACCAAGUCUCCUCAGCUUUCUGGCAAAAAUACCCUGGACCAUACAGUAAACAUGUGCUGUCUGAAGACGUUGUAUCCCGCUACCUCAGCCCAGACUCCAAGCUUCACAGCAUACGCCUCCUGACCAAGACCAAUAGAAUGCCCAAGUGGGGCGGCUUUCUCUUCGGAAACAACGCAAGAUUUGUUUCUAUCGUUGAAGAGAGCAUUGUGGAUCCCAAGAAGAAGACGAUGACCACCUACACAAGGAAUCUAGGCUACCAGAAUUUCAUGGUUCUGGAGGAAAAGUGUGUCUUCACAGAAUCGGAAGAGAACAAGGAUUGGACGCAACUGACGAGACAGGUCUGGGUCAGCUCCAACCUGUACGGUUUCUCCAGAGCCCUGAUGGCCUUCGGUGUGGAACGCUACAAAGCCAACCUCACCAAGUCUAACAAAGGCAUCCAGUACAUCAUAGACAAACUCUUUGUGCCAGAGAGGGUUCCCGAUACGCUACCUCACGAAGUUUCCAAGCUCAGAGACAAUGCCAAAGCCAAGGCCCAGAACAUGGCUGCCAGGGCCGGCGGAAUAGUCCAGUAAUGCGCCGCUUGCAUGUGGUAGGAGAGCGAUUGGCUGCUGGUUAGCCCCACUAUCGUGAACUGGAACUUGGAGAAAAAGGAAGGAUCGGUUGCCAGAUCCAAUAAAAUGGUCCAGGAUUCGUGACAUGACUAAGAAUGAGCUGUAUAAUGAACAGUGAAUUUCAAAAGUUGUACCCCUCACUGCAUAGGUUAAUGUCGAUGAAAUUUCCUGUUUCACUAUAGAUCUCGCUUCAUAUGAAGUUCCUAUGAUCUUGAGAUGAAUUAGUGGGGUUAUUCCCCAAAUAUUGAUAACGGGUUAGAGAUAUAUGACUGAUUGAAUGACAUGCAAUUUGGGGAAGUUGAAAAUGCAUGAUUAGUUACAGAUCUACAUGUAUGAUGAUCAAAUGUAACAAAAGUUUCUGUAAUAUUGAAUUUUUGUAAAGAAGUUUUGUACCAUACCAUUCCCAUGCUGAAAAACAAGCGGCAGAACAAAUAGAUUAUCAAGAUUUAUUGUUCCACCUAAAGUAGGAUAAAAAAAACAAAUAUACCAGGCCUUUAUUUCAAACGUGUAGAGGGAAUUAUUCAUCCGUGGUUGUACUUAUCCCUCUGGCUAUAGUUUUAAUUAACUAUCUUUGGGAUUCACUGAUAUUGGUUGUGCCUGUCAGUAACUUUACUAUGUUCACAAAUAACUAGUUUGUAAAAUAAAAAGUACAGCCAUUGAUGGCAACUAUUUGUUAUUUUAUGUACAUAUGCACUACUCAAUGCAAUCAGAUGAUCAUCAUUAGAAGUAUGUAGCUGCGGACUGAUUUCUGUCAAAGCUUUUCACUUAUUGGACAACCCAACUGCAGUUCGCUGUGCAUUUCGGGUGCAAUUACAAUUUUUUGAGAAAUUCUUUAAUAUUGGAAAGCUGUUAGUAAGAAGUGUUUAGUUUAUUAAUUUAAACUCUUGAAUUAAAUGAUAUGUUUUUAUUGACUAGUCCUACUGUAUCACCUCAAGAAUAGAAGGAGGAAUAUUCACUUCAUGUGCACUUGUUCAAAAUUCUCAGGCUUUGCAUUGCCAUGGUCAGUGUAUUGGGUUAAGUAAAUGGAUUUUUAAAUGCAGAAGUGGUAAUUGAAAUCACCAGCUUUGUGCCAAAUGUCCAUGAAAGCUUAGUAACAAUGUACACUAUGAAAUAUAUUAAUUUGUACAACUGUAUGUUUACAUUUAGAAAUGAGAUCUACUUUUGCGAUGUGAUACACAUUCGGUGUUCAGCUGCACAGCUGGCCUUAUAAGCCUGUUCACGAUUGUAAACUGCGCACGAGCAGAAAAAGGUCAUUGGAGACAACCAUGAAGGUGGCUUUCAAAUUCACUGACAUAGGCAUUUGUGAUUUGAUGAUUAUUCAUGUAUUCCUUUCAAAAUAUUUAUCACAUCCAAGCUGAAGAGUAAUAAAUAGAGCCUUCAUAAUCACUGGUAUUUGACAGUAGCCUAAACAAUAGUCAAAUGUGCCAAAGGCAGACAUUAAAACAGAUUUCCAAACUUUAUCCCUGAUAUACUAUUCUAGUCACCUGGUCUAUACAAUGCCUUUUGUUCUUAGAAUUUGAAUACUCUACCGGUAAAGCUUACGCAACAUCUACAUUUGAAAAUGAAAGUGCUUAUCCUAAUGAAAAAUCACAAAGGUCAUUUGAGAAAAGUUGAUCAUGAGCUAACCGUGAACUGGCUUAUUGUCUCCUUGUUUUAUAUGAGCUUAUGUUUGCCUGGCCCGGCUAAAAUUACUGUCCAUGUAAGUUGUUGUUUGAGGAAUAUAUAAAAAGAGAGAAAUUAAUCCUUGGGAGAUAUUAUUCAAGAGAUGAUUGUUUGUUCCAACAUGUAAAGUGGAUUGAUUGGUGGGGAUUUUUUACCUGAUUUCUAAGAAAGCAUGAAUGCUUGUAAGCAAGCAACCAGAGGACCGACGGCUUAAGGUCCUCUCCAAAGGGCCUGGUAAUGAGGAUUAAUGCCUUACCAAAGGGCAAUAGCGCACCAAGUGUGAAUCGAAUCCGGGUCACCGGAAUACGAAUCCCCCCCUCUACCGACUGAGCUAUCACGCCUCCUUGGAUUAUUCAACUACCUGUAACCCCGACAGAUCUCCCAGUCUCGUAUACAUGUCACUGGUUGGAUAUCGUGCAUAAUGCGAUUGUAUUUGGGGGCUUGUAGUCCUUUCAUGGCAAUCUGAUGUCAUCUCUGAUUUGUAACCUGCCAACAGAUCAACAUGUGUAGCUGCAUCCAGGUGCUGAUGAGACUGACCUUGUUAAAUGGCUCUUGUACCACGUGAGAAAAGUUUGGUUGGUCAUGAGUGAACUGAGACAGGAUGUCUGCAGUUCCAAAGGUGGAUAUCUACAUGUGCAAGAGUGCAGAAAUUGGUAAAAGGCCAUCCCGCAAUCUCGCACCUACACGUUAAGUAAAAUACCAUCUACCUAUAAUCGAGUGUACUCUAGGAUUCAACUAUGAGCAGUGAAGUAGGGGAGAAUUCCUACCGUGCCAGCUAACAUUGACAUUAUUCAAAAAACAACAUUUACGCUUUGUGUGUAAACCCUGCAGACAUAGCCAGUCUUAUGUGAAAGGGCAAGACACUUCCAAAAUCAUGCCUCAUGCUCAUCCCCCCAUAACACUUGACCUUGUUGCCUAAGGGCAUAUUAACACCAAGUCUGUUGUAUCUGACCAGGUAGGAUGGAACUAGAGGCAAUAACAUAUAGACCAAGUGGUGAAUUACCUAUCAUAGCAAAAAGAAUAUUGUCCUUACAUCGACAUUCCAGUGGAAAAUAUGAUAUACAUGUAUACUCAGGUAUAUUCAUCAUUUCUCUUGAAGUGUAGGUUUCCUUCAAUCCAAAUAUACUGUAGUAGAUUUCAACAGUUUAUUCUUGUUGAUAUUCAUUGCUUUAUGCAUUUAUGUACUCUAUCCAGCAUAAUUGAAAAUGUUAUGUAAGUUGUAUCAUUAUUUAUAUUGUGUUGUAUAGGUGAACAUAACAAAGGUUCUUCUUUUAAUGAACUUUAAAGAAGAAGAAAAAGAAGAAGUCUGCCUUGAAAAUAACUUUGUGCUUGAACAAUUAGCAGGAAAAUGCAGACACAAGUCACGGGAAUAUAGUUUAGUGAAAAUUAAAAGUUCUGAAUUCCUUAACUUUUUUUCCCUAAUUGAACACAGAUUUAGCUUUCAUAUGCCAUAUAUUUUUGCUCAGUGUAAAUGUAAUUGAUACAUAUUUUUUUCAUUUCAUCCCACUACAUGUAGAACGUUGUGGCCCAGUGGAUUAGUCUUCUGACUGACUUUGAAACUGUGGUCGUGGGUGUGAAUCCCAGCCAUGACGUAAUUUCUUCAGCAAGAAAUUUAUCCACAUUGUGCUGUACUCAACCCAGGUGAGGUGAAUGGGUACCCGGCAGGAUUAAUUCCUUGAAUGCACUGAGCGCUGACAGGCAGCUCGAGGUAAAGCCGGGGUAAUAAUAAUGAUAAACAAUGCGACUCGGAAUAGAUUAUUUCUAGAUAGUUGGCGCUGUAUAAAUGCCUAUUAUUAUUAUUAUUAUUGUGUAUGUCACACUAUUUCAUCACUGAAUCUCUUCAGUGAUAAAAAACUCUAAUUCGGAUGUUUACGUUUGUUUUUAAGUGUUGAAGUAUCGGACACAUUUGAGGGCGAAUCUUGCCCUUAUGAUUUCUUUGGAAUAUUAAUGCUGCAAGUGUUGAGCUAGAAUAUAUUUUGAUGUAUUUGUCUUUAUAAUAGAAGAGUGUAUAUUGUCUGUCCCUAUUUAGAUGCAGUGUUCUGAAAUCUGAUUAUGGGAGAGAAUCCAUGAAAAUCGAUUCAUUAUUAGUAAAAAAUUACUUCUUUUUUUUCACCAUCACCACAGUCCUCGCGUCGACCACUUUAAAGGAGGAUGAAACAUUCGGAACAAGAUAGCUUGUGUGAAAACAGAAAAAUCAAAGAAACAGAUCAACGAAAGUUUGAAAAAAUUCGUACAAAUAAUGAGAAAGUUAUGAGCAUUUGAAUAUUGUGAUCACUAAUGCUAUGGAGAUCCUCAAAUUGGCAAUGCAACAAAGAUGUGUGAUGUCACUUGUGAACAACUCUCCCCAUUACUUUAGCAUAUAUUUCACUUAAAUUGCCUCUUUUAUCACAUCUAUCAGUAGAUCAUGUGUUCUUUCUAUAGGAGGGCAUGUAAAUACAAUUUUUUAAAGAAUACAUCAUGGAUAAAGAGUGUGUAUCACCAUAAGAAAAAGCAAAAAGAGUACAUUUGGAGGGUAUUUUAUAGUCCAUCAAAGGGUAAGUUGUUCACAUGUGACAUCAUACAUCCUUGUCGCAUUGCCAAGGGAGGAUCUCCAUAGCAUUAGUGAUUGCAAUAUUCAAAUGCUCAUAACUUUCUCAUUAUUUGUCCAAUUUUUUUCACACUUUCUUUGUUCUUAUUUUCUGAUUUUCCUGUUUCGACACAAGCCUACUUGUUCCAAAGCUUUCAUUCCCCUUUAAUCGUAUUGUGUGUAAUUGAAGUAGAUCUCCCAAACCUCUUAGCAAAUGUUCUACCUGAAAUGUGAUUAUUGAAGUUGGCAGUUCUCAAUUGAAUACGAUGGCUCUGCUGCAAAUGGCAAAUGCAUGUACCCCUCCUGGGUUGGGAGUGGCAUACAUUGUAUGUCUUGCCAAAUGUUAGUUGCUUCCAGGGGUACUAUCUAUUACCUUGGAAACCAGGGCUCUAAUGAUAAGAUUAGCGAUCAAUCGUGAAAUAGACUGACCAAUCAAGAGUAAUUAUACAUGCGCAUUUGACUCAAAAUAUUGGCCAGGAACCAAUCAGAAGUGACCUUUCAUGUUUGCGAUGCAUUGGUGGUCAUUAACAUUUGUUGUCUGACAGGUUUUCCGAUCUGACAGCUUUCCCCGAUUUAGAUUGGUUGAGGAGCACAGGUGUCUGAGUGUUACUAUGGUAACUUUGGGAUUAAACAGACUUUCUUGUACACGUAUAGGCAUCUGAAAAGUACUGUCAUGAAAAGCCCCACAGGGUACUAUUUCACGUUGGUUGGAGAACAGAUGGCAUUUCAUUACCUGCCUUAGUAAUAGCCGGUGAUUCUCACUGCUUCGCAUACAAUAAAAAAACCAAGAAUUUCACUUAAAUUAUCUGGGGGCUGUUUCACAAAGAUUUAAGUAUGACUUAAGAGUCGCACUUAAGUUGCGUACAAUAUAAAAGGCAUGACUGCAUUGGUAAGAUCAUCCCAAGAGGACGCGCACUACUGCAUAUUGAUCAAUGAGACUGCGCAUUGCAUGUCAUAUGUGUGUCGGCAUUCAAGUGCGAAACUUCAGUCAUACUUAAACCUUUGUGAAACACCCCCAGGUUGGACAACUUUGGUGAAAUUUCCCCUUUUUCCAACAUAGAGCUAGGGAACUUUCUAUGAUUUAAAUCGUAACAAAUAUUAUACUUUGCAUAAAAUAGUGGAAAUUCAAAUAAUUUCAUCUCUGUUUUAAUAAAAGAAAGGGUCCCUAUAUAAUGUGCAAAGAGUUCUAUGACACACCUCCCUGUCCCAUGGAUCCAGAUUUUAGCCUCAUGAAAUCAAGAAUUUUAGUUGUAUUUUCUUCAUUAUUACAUGAUCAAAUGCCGUUUGGAUUGUCUUAAAUUAAUUUUCCCCCUUUCAUUGAAUUUAUUUGUUGAAAUCAAUUUGUUGGUUUUGAGGUACUUGUUAUUCCCUCAAAGUUCUCUUUUCUUUAAGUGUUUUUGUCUGUUUUUUAUUUAAAUGUCCAAUUUGGGUUACUCUGAUCCGCCGAUGAUGGUGAUGUGAAAUGUUUGUAUAUAUAAUAUCCUAUAAAGAUUUAUUGAGAACAAAGUUUGCCAUUCAAAAGACUAGCUUCAUAUAGAUGAAUAAAAAUAUUAAAAACUAGUAA